AUAUUCGUCUGUCGUAUGCCAAGGUCCAUACUAAAACGAGGCUUACUAUCUCUCAAGCAGUCGUUUGAAAAUCUAUCACAAAACAUUCAAGAUGAAUUUACCACUACUGGCAUCAGUCAUGCUGAUAUUUUGUACUUCCAUCGUCGAUUCGGUUGCUGGUCGUGAAUAUUCAAAAGGGAAUUUAAAGCGCUUCUAUUUCAAGCCAAAAUUUUUUCAUAAAAGAUUGACGGGUUAUCUGAGCAAAAAAGUUGAAUUAUUUUUCAAGUUGUUCUUGGAAGGAAAGGUUCAGCAAGCUGUCAACAGCGUAUAUGCGAAGGAUAGCGUGUUUCUGCCGCAAAGUGCACCGGAGGCAAUAGGCAGGAAAGGAAUAUUUAAUCACUUCAUUAGGGGAGGACCGUUAGGAAAUAUCACCACCAACAUAGACUUUAAAGUUGAACAGAUGAUAAAAAGGGGAAAUGUAGCAAUAUUAAGAUAUCGAGGACAUUCUUACGGAAAGAACAACGAAGUGUUAGUGACAUUCCGGGAAAUGUUGGUGUUCAAGAAGAUCAACGGUGACUACCUCGCUCACGUGGGAAUGGCGAAUUUUGAGAAUCCAUGUCCGAUUUCGCCGCCGUGAAGAACGUAAAAUUAUAUGUUAGUUUCUGUACGAUUUCUCAACAGCAAGAAUGAAGUUGGUCAGUAUAAAGACAUAGUUAAAGCUACAAUUUUUUCAAUAAAAAUCUCUAUUGCAAAACA